AGUUGAACAAAGAAUAAUGUCACAAACCUAAAGAAAGACUAAAAUCAUACUAAGACUUCAAUUUUGUAAUCGAUAUAAAAAUCAUUACAAUUUUCAAAUUAAGAAUCUAAACAAACAGGUGAAUUUAAAUAUCGUUCAGUGUGUUUGACAGCGGACGCCGGCAAUUCAGGCGUGUUUAAAAUUAUUUGGCCAGUGUUCCCAAAACUGGCGCGUACGUCUACCGUGUUCGUUAUACUCCCGCGCUGCGGUCAUACGCAUUACGUAAUUUAAAAAAAAAAGUGUAAUCGAUUACAUGACUUUUUCAUAAAAUAGCCAGUGUUCUAAGAUACUUUGUGCAUUUAUUUAAAUUGUUAAGUGGUUCAUAGCAUCUAUUUAUUUUAACUGUGGAUGUCAUAACUAGCGGGGAGUCAUGGACAAGCCGACGAUGCAUAUGCUGUCCGUCCAGGAAAAGGGCGGACAGACCAGGAGGACAAACCAAUACAUAGCAGCCGUUGCAGCUGCCAUAGGUGCCGUGGUAGCUGGCACAAUCCUCGCGUGGACCUCUCCAGCACUACCCCAGAUCCAGCCGCCGGAGAAAAAGGAUCUGAACACCACCACAGAAACCCCCCCCGAUCCAUUUAACCCAAGCAACGCAACGAACGCCACUGCCGCACUUAUUAACGGGCUGGGCCAACCAGCUGACUUCUUAUUGAACACCCAGGAGAGCUCUCUCGUAUCGUCAAUACUGGCCAUUGGAGCCGCUAUAAGCGCGCUCCCAGUGGGCAUCAUCGCGGAAAAGAUCGGCAGAAGGCCGACCAUCCUGAUACUAUCUGUACCGUUUACGAUCAACUGGUUGAUCACAAUCUUUGCAAAUGGAGCCGGGAUGCUCAUCGCUGCCAGGUUCUUCGCUGGAUUGAGUACUGGUGGAAUCUGCGUCGCAGCCCCAAUGUACAUCGGCGAGAUCGCGGAGACCUCGAUCCGAGGGUCCCUCGGCGCAUUCUUCCAGCUAUUCCUGACAGUGGGCAUCCUCUUCACCUUCGUGGUUGGCGCUUACACGAGCUGGAGGACGCUGUCCAUCAUAUCCGCUGUCUUCCCUAUCCUGCUGGUUGCUGUGUUCUGGUGGAUGCCAGAAACCCCUCAAUACCUCUUAGCCAAGAACAAACGUCGUGAUGCUGAGAAGGUGCUGCGGUGGCUCCGAGGCCCUGACGCGGAUCUCAGCGGCGAACUCGAAGAUAUGCAGAAAGACGUGGACAAUUCAUCCCGUCAAAAGGCCGGCAUCGUAACAAUGCUGACCAACCGAGCAUCGCUCAUGGCUCUCAUCUGCGCCUUAGGCCUCAUGUUCUUCCAGCAGUUCAGCGGAAUCAACGCAGUAAUCUUCUACACAGUCAACAUCUUCAAAUCAGCCGGUUCCGACAUAAACCCAGCCAUCGCUACGAUCAUUGUGGGAGUCGUCCAAACCCUGGCUACAUACGCCUCUUCGUUGUUAAUCGACAAAGCGGGUAGGAGGAUACUCUUACUCCAGAGUUGUAUAAUUAUGGGCAUCUGCUUGAUCAUUCUCGGUACAUACUUCAAACUGCAAGAAGGCGGUGCAAAUGUCGCUGCUGUAGGUUGGCUACCUCUUGUUUGCUUGGUGCUCUUCAUCGUCUCCUUCUCGAUGGGUUUCGGCCCCAUACCCUGGAUGAUGAUGGCGGAGUUGUUCCCAACGGAAUUCCGGGGAACUGCAUCCGGUAUCACGGUGAUAACCAACUGGUGUCUCGUCUUCAUCGUCACUUUGUGCUUCCCCAUAAUGAAGGAGCAGAUCGGUAUCUACAGCUGCUUCUGGUUUUUCAGCAGUUUUAUGAUCGCCUGCGUUUUCUUCGUUUUCUUCUUGAUACCGGAGACUAAAGGCAAGACUCUGGCACAGAUUCAAAUUUUACUGGGCGGCAAGUAAACGCACGGGCUUACGUCGUACCUUCGAAUACUCAGUGUUGUUUUUGUUUAAAUGUUUUGUUUACUGGUGCUGAUUAUGGUUUCAACUUAAAAUUUAACUGCCAUCUGAAGUGUACUUUUAGACGGACAUUUCCUAAAACUCGCGCAAAAGCUUGCUUGAUCUUUUCUCAUCCUUCAGAAUCUUUGAAACAAAAGUGGAUAGACAUCUUCUAGCGAAUUCCAUCUUAGGCUAUAUCUACAAUUUCCAUCAGGUGAGAUUGUGGUCAAGCUCGAACCUUUAUCGAGUUAAAAAAAUGGACUAACUGUCCAUUUUUUUGUAAGUGUCGUGAACUUACAGGACUACAUAAUUAUUUUCUGACUAACGUCACACUGACCAAUAUAAAAAUCAGGUAAAAAAGGGACGCUUCCUUUGUUGAAUUUUUGGACAUAACUUUAAUGUGGAUUUUAGUGGACGUCGCUUAGGAACUAAUAAAGGGCUUAAAUUUGCUUCACCUUCCAACGUCCAUAUUGUACUCUUCAGGCAGUUCCCGACCGAUGGCGGAUAAGCUUUCAACUGGCGCCUUCGAAUCGUUUUAGUUCUAUAUUUCUUGUUGAACCACUUCAGCAUCAUUGUGAGUUGUAAGGCAUAUCAUGGUGUAAAUUUUCGUUUUUGGGAGCGUAUUAGGACUUAUGUCAGGAACGUCAGGUCCAGAAACUUUUGGACUUUCAGUUUCAACAUUUCA